AUGGAGGACUGCACUACCGGUGCUUCCGCCGAGAAAGACGCGAAACAAGGUGAAGCGGAAAAGUAUAAAUACGUUGUUUAUCUUGCUGACAUUUAUGAGGCUGAGGAGCGUAGUACGUCCGAUAACGAGGAGGAAGAAAAUUCGGACCGAUCGGAGUAUAGGGCUGGACAUGGUUACACUGAAGUGCCCGAAAAUGACGUAUCGGUGAUGAAAAUUGAUUCCGACGACUGCGGCACCCUAGCGUUUUGGGCCGCUAUCGACAGCCAUUGUGAUGACCUGAAGGAAGAAAUGCGGCAGAAAUGUGCGUACCACGACGAAGAGGCGCAUGACGUGUGUGAUGUGGAGGACAACCGUUCGUACUGGAUGAGCAACGUUAUCGCGAAGGGUCACUCGUACAAUAAGUCGAAAAUCUUCGGGGAAUCUUCGGAAGUAUCGAAGGAUGAGUGGGAUCGCGGAGUCCCGAAAGGCGCCACGCUGCUGUUCAAAAUUCGCGCUGAUUGGACUUAUCUAGACUGGGAGUGGGACUGCGAUGAAGAGCCAUUGCGUAGACAGCAGAAUGCGGUGUGGGUGAAGCGCAUGAAAAUAACCGAAGACGAGAAUGUUUACGAGAAAAUCUGA